CAGUGGUGACGGGGCGGAGUUUAGGACCCGGCGGCACUGGCAGUACAAUAGAGCUGUUGUGCUGUGGUGGAUGGAGAGGUUGCAACGCUGGGAAAUGCAGAGUGGCAUGGAAGGGGGUAAAUAAGGGGGGGAACGCUCACAGUUUUGCGCCGAUUAACACAAGUUGGGGGGAGGGAAAAAAUAAGAGUGGAUAGUUUCCUUACGCCGGGGCAGCAUGGUCCCCCGCCUGCUGUUGCUGCUGCUAUCGGAUCAUUUCGGGUGUAAGGACACGUCAGGAUGAAACGCCAGCGGUCGUCGAGCAGUAGCGACAGCUCUGACAAUGAGAGUCCAUCCACCUCCUUCUGCUCCUCCAACAAGUAUGGCGGCAAACUGGGGACCCCGGUGUCAGAGCCGAAGAAACCGGCGGAGGUGUUCAGGAAGGACCUGAUCAGCGCCAUGAAGCUUCCGGACUCCCACCACGUUUCCCCAGAUGACUAUUACUUGCUAGCAGACCCCUGGAGACAGGAAUGGGAGAAGGGGGUGCAGGUGUUGGCCAGCCCCGACUCGAUCCCGCAGCCGUCCGUCAGGGUCGUCGCGGAGAAGCCCAAAGAGACCCUCUUCUCCAGACCAAGGAAGUACAUCCAGUCCCAGAACCAGGAUCCAGCGGAGAUGGGCUAUGUGAACAUCCUGGAGCUGGCAGAAGCUGUGUGCCGCUAUGACCUGGACGACAUGGACCUGAGCUGGCUGCAGGAGCUCAACACAGAUCUGGAGAUGAUGGGCGAGCUGACUGUGGACGAGCUGACCAUGGAGCGUGUCCUGGCGUCUCUGGAGAGGCAGUGCCACGACAGCAUGAACCACGCCAUCGAGACUGAGGAGGGGCUGGGCAUCGAGUACGAUGAGGAUGUCAUCUGCGACGUGUGCCGCUCGCCGGACAGCGAGGAGGGCAACGACAUGGUCUUCUGCGACAAGUGCAACAUCUGCGUGCAUCAGGCCUGCUACGGCAUCUUGAAGGUCCCGGACGGGUGCUGGCUCUGCCGGACUUGCGUCCUGGGCAUCGACCCGCAGUGCGUGCUGUGUCCCAAGAAGGGCGGCGCCAUGAAGGCCACGCGGGCCAGCACCAGGUGGGCCCACGUCAGCUGUGCCCUCUGGAUCCCCGAGGUGAGCAUCGCCUGUCCGGAGAGGAUGGAGCCCAUCACCAAAGUGUCCCACAUCCCCCCCAGCCGCUGGGCAUUGGUGUGCAGCCUCUGCAAGCUGAAGACGGGGGCGUGCAUCCAGUGCUCUGUGAAGAGCUGCAUCAUUCCGUUCCACGUCACCUGCGCCUUCGAACACAGCCUGGAGAUGAAGACCAUCUUGGACGAGGGUGAUGAGGUCAAAUUCAAGUCCUACUGCCUGAAGCACAGCAAGCCCAAGGCAGCGGGGGAGGGGGGGCUCAGCCCGGUCCAGCAGAAGCCCUCCACGGGGACAGAGAAGCUGGGACUGCGAGCCCGCAAGCUACGUGAGCUGGAGGAGGAGUUCUACACACUGGUGCAUCCUGGGGACCUGGCCCGGGACAUGGCGCUGUCCCCGCACCUCCUGGACUUCAUCUUCCAGUACUGGAAGCUUAAACGCAAGAGCGGCUUCAACAGGCCCCUCCUCCCUCCCAAGGAGGAGGAGAACGCGCUGCUGGAGCCCAAGGAGGACGGCAUCCACACCCGCAUGCGCAUGUUCAUGCACCUGCGACAGGACCUGGAGAGGGUGAGGAACCUGUGCUACAUGGUGAGCCGCCGCGAGAAGCUGAAGCUGUCCCACAGCAAAGCCCAGGAGCAGAUCUUCAACCUGCAGGUGGAGCUGAUUAACCAGGAGCUGUCAGCCGGUCUUCCCCUGUCCUGCCCCCCUGAGAGUGGGCUGAUUCAGGCCCCCCCGAGGAUAACGCUGAAGCUGAAGAUGCCCAAGGUCACCCUUGGAAACGGGAAGACGGCUCCCAAGUCUGGCAACGGGCCCCUGUGCCCAGACCAUAGCGCAAACCUUUGCGAGCGGGGCAGUGGUGGGCGGGGUCAUGGCAAGGGGUGGAGCCGGAGGGCGGGCCAGGUGAAUGGGGUCCCUCCAAGCUCGAGGGAGGGCAGCGCACCAGUUAAACCUAUCAGGCCGUCAGGGAAACCCCUGGCGCUGCACGCGGCUCUGCACGGCCGGCCUUCCAAUGGCAGUGGGAGACCAGAGACUGUCCGGAGCCCCAGGCCCAAUGGAAGCCUGGAGCGGCCCGCGGCCCAGCUGGAUGGCUCCUGCCAGACAUCCUGCGAACGGGUCACCCAAACAGGCCCCUACAGGAAGUCUGCCAUGGACCACUUCAACGAGGCCUCGGUCAGCCUGACCCGGACCACCGAGGGUCUCCGCGUCCACGACAAGCCCCCACGCAAGGGGUCCGGCAAGGAGCGGCCAUGGACCAAGUCGGCGGCGCCACAGCAGACUGAAGACGGGUACUGCCCCGAUUUGGAACUCAGCGACUCGGAGCCCGAGACCCAGGCCCGUCACUGGCGGGGGCUACGGGCACACAGGGCCAGCACGGGGCCGGAGGGCCCAGCCCCAGAACCCGGCAGGGGUUUGGGUCGGGGCAAGCCAAUGCUGGGGCCUAGGACCUCUGUGCAAAGGUGACGACGCCCGCCCAAGUUCUCUCUGCCACCGUCCCCCAAAUCCACUGCCUCCAUGUCCUCCGGAGAGGUGCUCAAUGCCCCACUCACGGGUUGGUGCCAGGGGGUCACAGAUACCCGGCGGCCUAGUCUCCGGGUCCCCAGGACCCGUCCCCGGACCUCCUCGUCCCCGGACCUCCUCCUCAUUUACUCUCUCUGGUUGGGAGGGGCCAGUGGGCAGGUGCUUCAAUGCCUCAUUGUGGCUCCUCACCCAUCGUCAGGUUGUGCCAUCAACAAACCAAACUCUUGUCCAGUCUGGUUUGUCUUUUGUCCUCUGGUGUAGGAGUGUUCUUCACCGAGUCCCUAUUGCCAUAUCUUAUAUUUCAGAUGCACUUCCAUUUGCUAGGGCUGUAAAUAUUGAUUUGAAAGGAAGAGAUUUUUAAAAAGCCUGUUUAAGUGACUAAGUAUAAUGGUGAAGAGGAGGUGUAUGGGGCUGCACAUUUCAGUGAAACUCACAUUUUAUCUUUUUAAUUGCAAAAUGAAAAAGGCACUAAUGACCCAUCGUUUCAUGACUGUCAUGUGACCUGGUCACAUGAUCGCUUCUAAGUAAACGCAGGCUUUUUCCUGGUCUACCUCUGCUUUGGUCUCCUCAUGACCUUCUUGUUCACUCCUCUGAUGGAAAUUCAAAUCGCCAUUCACACGGAAUGUGUACAAUUUAUUUUCCGUUUUGCCAGAGUCUCCAGUUCGGAACGAUGGAACGUUUUAAGUGAAGUACCUCUUUGUGAGAAUCUUUUUUUUCCCCUUCUAAUUCCAUAACUCACAGCAUCCCAAAGAGCUGUCUAACAGGGACUCCCGGAUUCUGUGUGUUCCUGAAAAAAUGUUCUUUUGUGAGGAUGUCUCGCAGUUCAGUCCAAAAGAUGUCACUGCAAACCACCCCUCCCAAAUGUACUUUUCAAAGAUGUGAUUUCUUUUUUUGUCUUGGCACAAGUAAUGGAAAUGGUACCAAACGGCACAAAGGGAAAAUCGCAGUCGGUUAGAAAUCCGGCCGUGAAGAACGCUGGCUCUGCCUCUUCCGGGCCGGGCCGGGCCGCUCAGAUGAUGGUUUUGUGGGAGAGUUGAGUUUGCUACUGUUAGCUGGCCCCCCGCAGCUCUGGGAAAGUGAGGUAGCUGAUGAGAGGAGCCGGCAGCCCGCCUAAAACGCCAGGCUUACAUCCAGUCAAUGUUUACCGUAAUGGUUAAAUAGGGCGCUUGAGGGAGAAGUUUUCAUGGUUAUUAUUUUCUCUGCAUAUUGAGCCCCCUCCCCCCAUGAUCCACACUUCAUUUAGUGAAUUUUGUUCAGUUUUCAGGUCAGAGGGAACGUUUUGCAGUGUUUCAAUUUUUGUUGUUAAAGCGUUAGAGGAAUAGCACAGCUGCUCCUAGUCUUACUGGAAUUAUGGAUUGAUAAGGCAGCGGCAUCAUGCUCAGAUAUGCCGAGGUCUGUUGACCGGGGGGGGUUGGCGCAUAAUCCUUAAAGCUGCUUCCCUGAGCUAUACUGGGAAGAGCUGUGCUUGUGGGAGAGGGGGUCCAGAUGAAGCCAUUGAGGUCUGGCACGAUUAAUAGUGCUCGAUUCAGCACAAGUGCCGCUCUGGGUGGUGGAAACGGCAGCUGUGUUCGUACCGCAGUCCCCAUAUAGACACACAAAGUGCACUUCGAACCGUGUUACACAGUGCAUCAGCGACCUUUGACCUCGGUCAUUUAAACUGAGGCCAAGUAACCACGGACUAGUGAGAAGCGUGAAUGUCAGCAAGCAUUUGUGACAUCACUUUUUUUUUUUUUUUUUUUUUUAAUCCCACACCGGCUUGUUCUGUUGGCUGUUUCAGACCUUCUAUUGGGUUUGUCCCUGCGGGGCAGUUGUGUGAAUCAGAGCAGACUGUGAAAAGGAUUCUGGCGUCUGACAGGUGUCCGUGGGGCGAACAAUCACCACAAGGGGCGCCGUCAGCGUUGUUCAUCAUAGGCCACCUGCUGCUUUCCCAAACAGAAGAUGUGUGCUGCAGUGCAGGUUCACACCCCCGUGCCCCGUCUGUCCGGUUAUUUGGUGGCUUGGCCUGCAAGCCACGUCACCUCAGAGCUGUCAGUUUUACACUGGGUUACAACAGCAUAUGUGAAUUUCCAGAGUCCUUUUUAAAGAAACAUUUUUCAUUAAAUUUUGGAAAAAAAAAUGA